AUGAACUUAGAAAGUGAACCAAAUAUUUUAUUAAAAGAAAAGAACGAAGAAAAGGUUAUUAUAAAUAAAUGUGACGAUUCCAAUAAAAUAAACGAAAAAGAAAAAAUUUCUGCUGUUGAAAGAGGGGUUACUAAUGCAUCGGCACAUAUAAGUAAUGACAAUAUAAAUAAAAAUCAAGACAAAAACAAAAAAAAAAAAAAAAAAAAUAAAAAUAAAAAUAAAAAUAAAAAUAAAAAUGUAAAUAUAAAUAAUACACAUAUAAAUAUAAAUACUACUAAUGAUAAAAAUUUUGGACAGGGGAUGAACGAAUCAGAGGUCAUUCAGAGUGACAAUAUUAUGAAUAUAAAAAAUGAUAAAAAAUAUAUUUUGGACUCCAGUUAUAAAGAAGAAGGAAAUGAGAACAACAGGAACGACACAAAUAAUAAUAAUAAUAAUAAUGAUAAUAUUAAUAGUAGUUGUAGUAAUAAUUAUCAGAUAAAAAAAAAAAUUACCCUACUGAAAAGAAAUGAUAUUAAAGAUGAAAAUUAUAACAAUGCAAAAAUAACCACUCUAAAUAACAAAAAUAAUUUAAAGAAUAACAACAAUAAUAAUAAUAAUAACAAAAAUUACAACCACAAUAAUAAUAAUAAUAAUAAUAAUAAUUUCUGUUGUGAAAAAACAUUAGAACAAAGAGAAGAGGAAUAUAAUAAAAUCAGGGCUAGGAUUUUUUCAAAUUUCAAUAAAAAACCAAAAAAUAUUCAGAAAGUAGAACAAACUAAUUUAAACCAUACAUAUUUAAAUAAUAAUAUAAUUAAUAAUAUAAAUAAUGGAGAUAACCAAUAUGCAUAUAUUAAUAACCUUUACAAUAUAUAUUAUAAUAAUCCAUAUAAUAAUAUAUAUAGACAAAAUAAUAUUCCUAUGUCUAAUAUAAAUAAUCAAGCAUCUAAUAUUGAAAAAAUAAAUAACCCAUAUUAUUUUAAUCCUAAUCAUAUAGCUUAUACAAAUUAUAUAUACACCACACAAAAUAAAAUGAACAAUAUAAAGACAAGUCAAAUAUGUCAUUAUGAUAUAAAUAAUAAUAAUAUUAACAAUAAUAAUAAUAUUAACAAUAAUAAUAAUAUUAUUAUUAAUAAUAAUCUUUCAUUAUGUAAUACUCAGAUGGAUAGCUAUAAUAAAACAAAAAAUAAUUUUAAUAAAGGCACAAAUAAUUUUAACAACUCAAAAAAUAAUAUCAUUCAUAACAUAAAUGAUACAAAUAAAAAUAUAUAUGAUGCAAACGGUAAUCUUAUUAUUAAUAAUAAUAAUAAUAUGUCUUAUAUACAAUUAAAAAUGAACAACAAUAUAAAUUUUAAUAUACACAUGAAAUCACCAAUUAAUCAACAACAUAAUAAUAUUUUUAAUAUAAAUGAGGAUCCAAACUUUUUUAAUGAACCUACAAAUAAAAUGAAAAAAAAAAAUAAAGAAAAAAAAAACAUACAUUUUAAUAAUAAUAAUAAUAAUAAUAAUAAUUGUUUAUGUAAUGAUAUUAAUCAAAAUGAUCAUAAUAAUUGUAUUAUAAAUAACAACGAAAAUUUCAAUCAUAUCAAUAAUGUCAAAAAUACAGAACAAAAUUUACAAACUAAACACAAUAAAAUGUCUCAAGUUUCGAAGCAGUCAAACAGUAAAAAUAAUAAAAAUAAUAUUCAAUUAAAAAAACAAAUUAAUAUUAAUACAAAUAAUAAUUUAGAUAAUAAAAACAGUUCACAUAUAACAAAAAAUGUUAUUCUUGAUGAAAAUAAAGUAUCGUCAACUCAUGCAAAUAAUUCAAAUGAAGUAAUGACAAAGGAAAAAAAAAAGAAAAACAACAAUAAAAAAAAAAAAAAUAAUAAUCUCAAUAAUAUUAAUAAUAAUAAUAUCAAUAAUAUUAAUAAUAUCAAUCAUAUCAAUAGUAUGAAUAAUAUCAAUCAUAUAAAUAGUAUGAAUAAUAUCAAUAAUAUCAAUAAUGCAAUGUACUUUCAAAAUAUAAAUAUUCAAAAGGAUGAUUCAAAUAUAGCUCCUUUAUAUAAGAACAAAAAAAAUAUGGAUUUCAAUAAUUAUCAACUUAAUCAUAUACAAAACAAUAUGAUACAAAAUAAUAUAAUGACAAAUAAUGUUAUGCUAAAUAAUAAUUUACAAACACAUCAUCUUAAUUAUAAUUUAAUUAACUAUUCAUAUGAACCUCUUUAUGAAGAAAACAUAAUGAACGACCUAGAUUAUUGUAGAGAUAUAUCUCUAUAUGAAAAAAGAUAUGAUAGGGGUGAUAAUUUACAACAAAAUCAUAAGCGUUAUGAUAUUGACUUCCCCUCCUUAUAA